AUGAUGAGGGUUCAGGGUAUACCCUAUAUUAAAGUGAAACUCUUGGGCUCUCAGUAUUCCUUCAGUCGAGGCUACAGGGUUCAAGGUGUUCCCUAUCAAGGUAUGACUCCAAAGGCAGUGGGUUGGUUGCACACAGAGACUUGUGGUUCCAUCCGAGGUGGAGAGUAUGGAGGCCGUCCCACACCUUACUGGACUAAGGGGUCCAAGGACCAGCCCCUACGGGUUGUAGGGCUAGAUAAAGGCCUUGUGCAAGAUGCCGCGGAUCACAUAAAAGCCCUGGUUCAAAAGGCUGUGACCACGACAGUGACCAUCAAAGCUCCUAACAACAUGUUAGGGGUUGUGGUAGGCCCAGGUGGCUCUACCAUAAAAGAGAUCCAGGAAAAGUACAAAGUACGGGUCUUUGUGCCUCAGAAGGGGUCCAAGGACCAGCCCCUACGGGUUGAAGGGCUAGAUAAAGGCCUCGUCCACGACGCCGCGGAUCACAUAAAAGCCCUGGUUCAAAAGGCUGUGACCACGACAGUGACCAUCACUGCUCCUAUCAACAUGUUAGGGGUUGUGGUAGGCCCAGGUGGCUCUACCAUAAAAGAGAUCCAGGAAAAGUACAAAGUACGGGUCUUUGUUCCUCAGAAGGGGUCCAAGGACCAGCCCCUACGGGUUGUAGGGCUAGAUAAAGGCCUCGUCCACGAUGCCGCGGAUCACAUAAAAGCCCUGGUUCAAAAGGCUGUGACCACGACAGUGACCAUCACUGCUCCUAACAACAUGUUAGGGGUUGUGGUAGGCCCAGGUGGCUCUACCAUAAAAGAGAUCCAGGAAAAGUACAAAGUAAGGGUCUUUGUUCCUCACAAGGGGUCCAAGGACCAGCCCCUACGGGUUGUAGGGCCAGAUAAAGGCCUGGUGCAGGAUGCCGCGGAUCAUAUAGAGUCCUUGAUGGCCUAUGAAAAGGAAAGGCGGCGUCUCAGUACGCCAGUGUCACAAACAGUGUUCAUCCCUAAGGCCCAUCACGGCCUAAUAAUUGGCAGACAGGGUCAAAAUAUACGGUACCUAUCACUAACCCGUAGAAUAACCAUCGUUCUGCCCCCCAAAAAUGUUAUAAGCGAUGAGGUCACUGUGACCGGUCUCCCUGACCAGGUGGACCAAGGUGUAAGAGACCUGGUUAACCUGGUCAAAAGCUCCACCCACAUUUGUUACAACUCUGACUUCUGA